CCUCUCGGCGGGCGGCUCCACCGUCGAUCUACGCGAGUGCCUCCUAUGGUUUGGAUUUGACACCAUGGGCGAGCUUGGCUUCGGCCGCUCGUUUGGCACGCUCCAGGAGGCACGCACCUCGCACGUGGUGCAUCUCGUCGAGCGCGGCGUGCGGGCCAUCAACACGAUUGGCAACGUGCCGUACGUGGCGCACAUUCUCCGCUUCCUGCCGUCGCCCAUUGCGGCUUUCGAGGCCUGGCUCACGACAGCGCUUGACUGGCGCCUACACAAGGACCGCAAGAAGGACGACGGCCUCGUGCCGACGGAUGUGUUUGCGUAUCUCCUCGGCGAAGAGGGAAAGCAGCGGCGCAAGCUCAAUCGUAAGGAGCUGCAGCAGGACUGCAUGCUGAUGGUCGUAGCUGGGUCGGACACGACGUCCAACGCCAUGACAUUCUGUCUGUUCGAGAUGGCGCACCAGCCGGCACUGCUGGAGCGUGUUCGGCGCGAGGUGGAGGCACUGCUGCCCGACGGCGGCGCUGAGCUGUCCGAGAGCAGCUUCGAGGCGCUGCGCGACGAGGCGCCGCUGCUCAACGCAUGCAUCUUCGAGGCGCUGCGCCUCUGGCCUCCGGUGCCGUCGGGCCUGCAGCGCACGACGACGACGGACGGCAUGGUCCUGCCGGGUGGCAUGGUGGUCCCGCAUGGCACGGUGGUGAGCACGCAUACAUGGACGAUGCACCGCGACGCACGCAACUUCUACCAGCCGGAGCGCUUUGCGCCCGAGCGCUGGCUGAGCCCGACCGGCGCGCACAAUGCUAAGGCGUGGUCGCCUUUUGGCUUCGGUGCCACGAGCUGCAUCGGCAAGCAGCUGGCAUACAUGGAGAUGCGCCUCGUACUGGCGCUCUUUGUGCUGCGCUUCGACAUCGCCGUGGCGCCGGCGGCGGCACAGGCGUUCCGUGCCUCGGUGCGCGAUCAAUUCGUCAUUGCUGCCGGGGCGCUGCAGGUGUCGCUGCAGCGGCGCCGUGCAUGAGCACGGCGACUGGUCAGAUUUAAGGAUGUAGCGAGCUGGACGACGAAUCGAUGUGCCUGCGUUGC